UCUGGAAUCAGACAGAUUACUGGAUACAAUGUAUUAGCUACCAUUUAUUGUUUUUGUAACCUUGGAUGAGACACUUAGUUCUUCUGAGCCUCUCUCCUCCUCUGUAAAAUGGUUAUUUACAAAAUCCACUUCGAAAUAUACAAAUCUAAAUAUACACUCCUUUCCCCAUAAUCUUGUGGCCACACCUGAGGCUAUGGGACCCAGCCCUGAGUUUAGGAGCCAGUGCUUUCUUUAAAUUGCCAGGCAGGAGUAUGGAGGUAUGGUAGGAGUUGGUCUUCAGAAAGGGCGAAAGGGGAGGAAGAGGAGAGCGGAGACAGGAGGAACACAGUGAGGCUGCCUCGGACUACAUCUCCCGGGAUGCUCAGCAAGAGGGACCGCCCCGCCCCACCCCGCCCCGCCGGCACAUCAGGCGCUGCCCACUCCUUGGAGCCGAGCUGCGCGCAGAGGCUACAAGUGCCACGGCUGGUGAUCUGGAGACUUUUCCCGAGGAGCCGCGCAGGGACGAGAGCGCGGUGCUUGAGCAGCACUUGGUGGUCAAGACAAGAGCAAAGUGUGUGGAGGGAAGGUACACAGACCCACUCAGACCCAGUGAGCAGGAGUACCUGACCUGUACUGGAGCAGUCAGGUUUGUGUGUGUGUGUGCUGGCCCAUUGUAUUUGCAGAGUCACCCAGUAAGAAUUUCUGAAAGCUGCUCGGAGAUGUCUGACUAGCUUCAAUGGAGCUCCACUACCUUGCUAAAAAGAGAAGCCAGGCAGACCUGUGCGAUGCUGUAGACUGGAGUUCAGGAGGGCCUCCUGGUGACCAGGUAUGUGCAGCAGCCACCAAAGCUGCUCUCUGCUGCCAGAAACACUGUAUGUCAACCCCAAGAGCCGCCAAGAUGGAAGAGUCUAAACUUAGCCCUUCUCCAGUAGACCCCUCAUCCUCUCUGCAAGACAGUGUUAUUCAGCCAGACUCCUUGCCACCAGGACCUCUCAACUCAGGGAACGACCCAGUAACAGCAGAACGGAAAGUCUGCAACUGCUGCAGCCAGGAAUUAGAAACUUCUUUCACUUACGUGGAUGAGAAUGUCAACUUAGAGCAGAGGAACCGGAGCUCCACUUCCACAAAGGGGAGUAGUCACGUGGGAGACCUGGGCUGGGGAAGUACAGAUGAAUGGUCCCACGAGGCUGCCAUAUCCUUGAUAUCUGAGGAUGAAGAUGACACAAGUUCAGAAGCCACAUCUUCAGGGAAGUCAGUAGACUAUGGUUUCAUCAGCGCCAUCUUGUUCUUGGUCACUGGCAUCUUGCUGGUGAUCAUCUCCUACAUUGUCCCACGGGAAGUGACUGUGGAUCCCAACACCGUGGCAGCCCGGGAGAUGGAACGUCUGGAGAAGGAGAGUGCAAGGCUGGGGGCUCACCUGGACCGCUGUGUGAUUGCUGGACUCUGCCUGCUCACGCUUGGGGGAGUUGUUCUCUCCUGUUUGCUAAUGAUGUCUAUGUGGAAGGGGGAACUGUAUCGUCGCAACAGGUUUGCCUCUUCCAAAGAGUCUGCAAAACUGUAUGGUUCUUUCAACUUCAGGAUGAAAACCAGCGCUAAUGAAAACACCUUGGAACUGUCCUUGGUAGAGGAAGAUGCUCUCGCUGUCCAGAGUUAAUUCUGAUUGUCAACUGCCUUGAGAGUCUGCCUUGGCAUUUUAUAUGAAAACAAACCACAUUUCUUAAAAUUAACAGUGCAUUUUUUUGCCUGGUAAGAAAAGUUUAUUUCCCAAACCAACAGCCAGUGUUUUUGUUCUCUAUGUAUUUUUUAUUUAGAGGAAAAACCAUGUAAGAUACAUUAGGUAACCACAAACAGCUACACCUGUCCUUCUAAAGUACUGAAACUAACUAAUCUGUAGUGGCCAUCUUCUAUCUCUAUAGGAAAAUAUUUCUCAUGACCCAGUGUACAAAUUAUUUAUUUGACACAAUCUGGGAUAUUAUUCUUUGGACACUAGGAGAUUGUACAUACAGUAGGAUCAAGUAGUAACCUAUUUUGUGAAAAAGAACUUAAGCACUAAUCACAUAAUAAGGCUUACAUUUAAUUAUCAAAGGUGCUUAUUCUUAUCCAUUUUCUUGCUAUAUUUUUUCUUCCCAUAAUUUGGCUGAAUACUAAAACGCUGGGUUUUGUAUUUGAAUAUUUUGAAGCUUAAAGGUGUUAAUUAUUUUUAAAUAUGUAAAAGCACAUGUGUUUAUUUAAUUAAAUUAUUCCUGUACUCAGAAGUGGUAACUAAGUCAUUAGAAUAAACUUUCUAGUAAAAGAAAAUUAUGUAAAUCAUUAUAAGACCAAUCUGGAUUUAACUCAGAAUGGUAGUGCCAUAUAUUAGCCAGUGUUGCAUGUCCAUUUUCUAGAUAACAUAAAAUUAGUUGCUCAUAUAAAUUUCAUUUUCAGUGUGUUCUUUAGCCAUCAUAUGGUUACCCAUGCUCUUGAAGUCUUUCCCAGUUCUCACACUAGAGAGGCAAAGCUUAAGGCAUUUUCAGUAUAUUUCCAGCAUCCAAAAAUUCAGGCAGGUCUGAGUCACGAUUGGCUCAGGCACAGUCCCAGGUGAUGUUUUCUUGUUACUGUUUGAAGAAAACUUCCAAUACACUUGCAGCUAGAUUCUUGGGGACUGUGCCUAGAAGCCAGUAUCACUUGCUGUAGCCAAGCAACUAGCCAUUGCCCCAAGAUGGCAGCAAUCCUUAAAUGCACAGCCAAAAAAUUAAAAUGAGUAGAGAGAGAAAGAUUAAACACACUGAUUUUGUGGGAACUGCAUUCCUCACCAGAACUCACCUCCCACCUAACAGUGGUCUAGGCAUCAUUCUGAGCGCCUAAAAUCCAGGCCCUCAGUAAGUGGGAGAUCUUGCCUCAUGAGGUUCAGACUUGCUGGAUAAGAGGGGUGAUGAGCAAGUAGUCGCAACCUUGCAAAACACAUACCCACAGCACACAUUAAUACUCUAUUUUGGUAAGGUUAUGGUUCAGGAAAGGGGUGGGGAGUGCACCUCAGAAAUAGCUUGUAGUUUGUAGUUAUUCCCUAAGGUGUUUCCAAUCUCCUACUGCCAAGAGUUGUUUUAACUUCCAUUACUGUGCUGCCAGGAACAGUGGGGUCAUCCUUAAAGAGGACUGGAGCUGGGACCUGGGGUGGGAGGGCAGGGAUGGUGAAGGGAGAAAGUGAGAAAGUUACAUCUUUUUAUAAUCUAAAGCCUAAUUCUAAUGCCUGACGUUUUUGUUGUUAUUGAGGAAUGUGAAAUAUGUGGGUGACUUUGGCUGGCAGAUUGUGUGAGUCAGAGUAUUUAUGUGAAGGAACUCUUGUGGGUGCCAGAGAUGGAUUUGAUGAGUUAGGUACACUGUGUUACUAAGGGUUAAGAUGCAAUGCAAAAGGGAGGAUCAGAGGAUAGAAAAAAUAAGGAGGACAGGUAUGUAAAAGAAUCAUUAGAUGAGAAAUUUUUAUGGACAUCAGUGGAAACUAGAUGAAGGUCAAUUACCUUAUCCUAUCUAACUGACUAUUGUUGAUUCAGAAAUAAUUGGAACUAUAUAAACAUGAUUUUUGUUUUCUAUUGCUGGUUGUUUGUGCUUUUUCUCUUACUGUGACUCUCAUGUCAUGGUUUGUGUUGAGGCUACCUUACCAGCAGUAUAAAUUUUAUAUUCUCAAAGUUUAUAAAUGGUCAGAUUCUAGCCUGCUUGAGAACCCACUCUGCAUGAUGUCGAGGCAGUAAGAGAAUGAUCUCCUUGGCUGAAUGACUAGAUCUGAGCUGUUUGUGUGUG